AUGCCGAGGUCAACCCCGGCUCCCGACACGUUUCCUCCGGCGGGCCCGGGGGAGGGCCGUGGGCGCGGGGACGGCGCUGAGGUGGGACGGGGCGGGCGGGUGUCCCAGGCCCAGCUCCGCCGCAGCCUCCGGGACAGCCCGAGCUCCUCCGCCCGCCGCGCCGCCGGGAUGAGGCGGGCCGGACCCUGCUGCUUGCUGCUGGCCGCGGCCUGCGCCCUGGGCCGGACCCCGCCGCCGCCGCCGCCGCCGUCCGCCGUGCGCUGCCAGGCCGCCGGCGCCUGCUUCAGCGCCCACCUCGCCAACAGCACCUACACCGAGUCCCGCAGCGCCUGCGGCCGCCGUCGGGGCGACCUGGCCUGGGUGAGCGGCGAGGCGGAGCUGAGGCUGUUGCUGGGGCUGCUGGCGGCGGCGGGGUCGGCGCCCUCGCUCUUCUGGGUCGGGCUGAAGAGGAACGCCUCCGCCUGCACCGACGCGGAUCAGCCGCUCCGCGGUUUCUCCUGGGACGGCGGCGGGGCGGCCCCACGGGAGGUGCCGGCGGCGCUGGGCCGCUGGGUGAAGGAGCCCGUGCGCUCCUGCCUCGCCGUCCGCUGCGCCGGGCUGCACCUGGCGGCGGCCGCCCCGGGCGGCGACCGUGGCUGGGGCUGGAAGGAGCGGCCGUGCCAUCGUCCGAGCCAGGGCUACGCCUGCAAGUACCCGUACGAGGGCGCCUGCCCCGACCUCCGCCCCGCCGCCGCCCUCCGCCUCGACUACCGCCUCCCCUUCGAGGAGAGCAGCGCCGGCCCCGGCUUCAGCCCGCCGGGCACCGUGCUCUCCGUGACCUGUCCCGGCGGGGAGGUGCAGUUCACCUGCCAGCCCGAGGCGGGAGGUGGCUUCGCCUGGAAGGGGGUGGGAGAGCCCCUCUGCCCCUGCGGCUACCGGAGCCCCGGCAGCGACGGGGAUGGGACCCCCUGUGCGGCUACGGGGGCGACCACCACAGCGGCGGCGGGCGGCCCCGCGGAGCCUCCGGGUGGCGGGUCCCCGCCACCCGGAGGCUCCGCGGGGCCGCCCGCCGGCGGGGAGAAGACGGUCGCUCCGCCGCCCCCCUCCUCCUCCUCCCCCUCCUCCUCCUCCUCCAACUACGUUUUCAUUCUGGUGACUGUCGCGGUGGUGGUGCUGGUCAUCCUGGUGAUGACCGUCCUGGGGGUCUUCAAGCUCUGCUUCAACAAGAAAUCCGAGGGCGGCGGGGAUAAGGAGCCGCCGGAGGCCGGCAGCAAGGCGGAGGCGGGCUGCGCGGAGCCGAGCGGAGCGGGCGACUAGCCCCGCGGCGAGCGGGUCUCCCCGUCCUUCGGGGCGGACCCGGGCGGCAGCUCCCACCCCAGGGCAGCGCUGGGCUCCCCCCCCCGAUCUCUCUCGCCCCCAGCCCGGCUGCUGCAGAAAGCCGAGGACGAGUCGCCGUGGGACGAGCCGCCGUGGGACGAGCAGGACUCGCAGGACUGUCAGACGUUGGGGGUGUGCAGCGGAGCGUUUCUGCAAGCGACCCCUUCCUUUUUCAGGAUUUUGACGCCUUUGGACAGUCAAGCGGUUUUGUCGGUCUGAAAAACAGUUCUGUAGCUGCUGACAUAAGCAAAAUACCGAUAGAGCGGCCUGGCCGACAGAACGAUUGCUUGUCUGCAGCUGCAACAGUUGUGGGUUUUUAUCCUCUCAGAAUCUGUUCUUCGGGUGCCUUACUUGGCACGAGUGCGAAGGGGAGCACUUCGAGCGCUCGCGUCUUUUAAUUUAGAAGUCACUCCUUGUUUGAGUGGUACUUGGAGGCUCUCGUUUUCUUUCUAAUUGCUGGAGUGCUUGGAGAGGUGAACUGCUGUGAUUUUGGAGGAAACUAUGACCCAUACUUUUUCAGACUGACAUUCUUAUAAAUAAAGAGCAUUUCUGUACUUAGAAGGUCAUUAAAUUGCUGAGGAAGUGGGAGGUUAAUGGGGAGUCAGUUUUAUACUUCAGCUGAUGAAAA